AUGGUCGCCAUCAAGAACUUUCUCUUCCUUGCCACAGCCGUGACGGCACUCACUAUUGGAAAGCGAGACACUGCUACGAUUCUCAAUGAUAUUUCGGCCAUCAAUUCGAACGUCCAAACACUCACAACGGCCGCCAACAACUACAAUGGAGGUCUUCUGGCAGCAAUUCCCAUCCUCACGGCACAAAGCAACCUGGGAACCGCCAUUGACAAAGGAACCACGGAUGCCCGCGCUACUCCUCAGCUGAGUUCAGCCGACUCUCAAUCCAUCGUUGCAGCUGUUGACAGACUGACUCCUAGUGUCGAGGCUUCUCUCACAGCAAUUCGGGCUAAGAAGGCUCGCUUUGCGGCAGAUGGACUUACAACCACUGUCCAGAACAGCCUGGCCACUUUGAAGACAAAGACUGACACCUUCUCUGAUGCCCUUAUUGCCAUUUCGUCCAGUGAUACAAAGGCUACAGGGACUGCUCAGAAGGCCAAGAUUGACGGCUACUUUAAUGCCGCAAUUGCGGACUUCGCUUCUUGA